AUGAUCAUCCAAGAGUGGUUGCAUACUUUAUUAAGUAAGCUUGAAUGUAUUCAUGCUGGCUUGGCAUCUGUUUUAGAUGCUGAUGCAAAGCGCAUUGCAACAAUGUCUCGUGAGACUUUUGAGAAGGAUGGUCCUUUAUUAGUGGUUGCAUCUGGUCAGGAUACCAUCUCUGUAGCAGGUUUGGUAGAAAAAUUGGCUCCAGAAAAUGUCUUUGUGGUUCAGAUACAGCAUCCAAGGAUGAAUCUGAGUAGGUUUGACGUCGUGAUUACCCCUCGGCAUGACUAUUAUCCAUUGACUCCUCAAGUACAAGUACAGAUCCCUAAGUUUUUUCGUGAGUGGGUGACUCCAUAUGAACCACCUAAUAAGAAUGUGUUUCCCUCAUCUGUUGCAACUUGUUAUCUGAACUUAGUGUUUCGAGAUCUAAUAAGUCAUAUAACAGGCCACUGUUGUUACAGAGCUGAUCUUGUCAAGCAGUUAAUAGGCUCUGGACAGAAUGUGCUAGCAAGCUGUGGAAGUCUUAGAAUCUCUUUCUCUAGGAGGACCCCUCAGAAGAGCCAAACCCACACAUGGGACAUUUAGCUUGGGCAGAUGCGUUUGUCAUCACCCCUGAUUCAGUCAGUAUGCUGAGUGAGGCUUGUGGCACAUGGUAAUACUCAAAGGAGAACCUUCUUUCUGGUUUAUGGAAUGUGAAUCCAUUCUGAGGCUGCCUGAGUUAAACUAUUUUGUUGAUCUCGCGGAAAACCUGUUUAUGUUAUUAGAGCAGAGAGAUGUACAUGGAAGUUUGAAGACUUCUAAAGGUGUCUCCAACAAUGUGGUGUAACUAGGCCAUUCACGGGUAAAGAGGAUAUAUCAGAGAGUUAAAGCUACCCUUCUCUUAAUGAUACUGCAGAAGCAGCUAAGUGUGCACAAGAAGCCAUUUGCUGAACAUUAUGGAGCUUGUGGCCUUGAAUAGAAGAAUCUUCUGAUCAGAUUUAUCAGUUAUCAUCGCUAUGAGUUACAGAUCAGUUGGACGGUGUUCUGAUUGCCUACGUUGAAGCUUGGUGGUGUGAUUGCUUUCAGACAUAAGACCAAAGAGGAGAUAUAGUGAAAGUGAGUGCUAGAAGAUGAUACAUUUACCAUAAAUUGAUCUGAAAUAUUUUCGAUAUUUCAGAUCAAAAAUGUUUUUGCAAUGUUUUCACAUUGUAACACCUAAGGUACAGCCGCAUCAGAAGCUCCUUCGGCUUUGUAAAUUACAGAGAGUCGGAGAAUUUGUACGCCUUCAAUUCUUCUUUUACAUCAUGGCAGAGACAUGAAUACAAGAAAAACCUUAUCAUUUUGGGAUAGUCAAAUGGUUAUAAAGACAGUUAUUUCUCCAACCUUAUGGGUUGAGUGGCUUGUCAUUUCUGUUGAAAAAGGUUUUCAUACUGGUAUAUUUUCAGCUCAAUGGUGGUGAUGUGGCUUUGGUGUACCUAAACUGUAAUAAAGCUAUCUGGCAACUCCAGUGCUGUC